AUGCGCCCGAGCAGCCGAGGUCCACAUAUUGCCCGGUGGUGCUACAGUAGAAAUAGUGGUGGCCGGUCCGUCGAGACCUGGAUCAAAUCUACCCCAGCAGCAUCUCCGGGCCCUCCAAGAGCUUUUCAACGAUGCUCCCACAAGCUCGCCAUUUCGCAAAUGUGGAAGUCCCUGCACCGGGCUCAGUACCAGGACUUUUACACCAGCCCUGAAAAGCUUGUUUCCACUGCCGAGUAUUACCGCACGCACACCCAGUCGUCUUCAGAUCCAUACAGUAAUCUUUUUGACCGGGACUUGGCCCGCCAGCUCUUUGUAUUUGAAAACUCCCCCAGCAAUUCUACUACUGUGGUUUCUCCAGGCGAUCUUGUAGAAUGCAUCACCAGAGAUGGCGCGGAAAUAGCCUUUGGUGUUGUCGUGGCUCGAAUGCCUCUGCAAUCCCAGGUUCUCAUCUACAAUCUUGAUGGCACACUCUCGAAAUACCCCAUCUCCAGUAUACAUCUUCGCAUUUUGCAAGUAUUUGAUCCAGCAAUACUAUUGACAAUCUUUUCUAAAGAAAUUAACAGCCUUGUUGAAGUGAAGGGCGAUCCUAACAAGUCCUUUUUUUCGUCAACCCCAUCAAUAACCACCGUUGAAGAAACACCCAAUCCCCCCACGUUACCAAAAACUAUCAAACUAUCUCUUCCGAAAUCAACAUACACUUAUACACUACUCACUUUACUAAAGAUGAUUAUUCGCGCUUCAUUGGAAUCUUACGAGGGCGGGGCUCUCAGCAGCGCAUUCCCUGUAGUCUACGCACACGCCUCGUCUGGUCCCGUGCGAACUUUCCCAUUGAAUCUUCUUGCUCAUAGAGCUCUCGAUGCUUCUCGCAAACUUCCUCGUCCAGGAUCUUCAAAAACAUCUAGCGGUCUUUCUCAUGUUACAUCAAUUAUAGCGACCCACCUGUGGGUUUCCAAUAGUCCGGAAUAUUGGUACACGUUCCCACCGACACUAAACUCCAGCGACAGCAAAAGCAUAAUUGACAAUAGCAACAGCAGUAGCGAACGAAAUUCUACCAGACAUGAUACUGGCGAUGGAAAAUGGAUACCGGCGCCAACAAUUGCUGUUCAGGAUACCCAGUACAUUAUGCACGAGAUUGGUGAAAAGGAAUACAUUUCGUUUGCACGGUACGUGCGACGGCGGAUCCAAGAAAACAAUAAUUUACCUGUGGAUGAGAUUCCCGAAAAGCUUGAUGAAUCUGCGCUAGAAAGAUUUUCCAAGUUGCUAGGGUUUCUCAAGCGCUACAUUGUUUACCCUCACACUGAUUGCGACCAUGUCAUUGAUACCAUCUUGAAGCAAGUUUACUCGGACAUUCUCAACAAGCCGCGUGCAACGGCAUUCAUUGUGCACAAAAUGUUGAUUGAUGCUGAUUUGGUCGGUACGUCAAAUGCAUAUUUAGACUCGGGACUGGUUCUUGAUCACGAAAAAGGCAUGAUUGUUGACGAAUACACUGACCGGGCACCUAGCGCUGAGAAAGCAUCGUUGCUGGAUCCACGGACUUUUAAAUUUCAGCAAACACAUCAAAAGUGGCCACAAAAAAUUCCAGUAUAUGCCUUCCACACCAAGGACAGCAAGGCCCAAUUGGCCAUUUCGGUGGAAAUGGACCAACCAAAAUGGAAAAUCCAUGUGCAUGUGCCUAAUCUUGCAAGCUGGUAUGGGCCAACAUCAAGCAUCAUGUCUGUUGGUCUGCGGCGCGCUCGUACGGUAUGGCUUCCUGAAGGUAUCCGGCGCUUGUUCCCGCAGGAACUGCUGGAGCGCACUACAUUUUCAAGUGACAUGGAGUAUAUUCCAUGUUUGACAUUUACUGUUGAGAUGGAGGGCUGGAACUCCACUUCAUGGGGUGCUUCGGAUGUCAGUGUUUCGCUGACAAGAAUACCCAAGAGUAGCAUAUCCCUUUUUGCUUUAGAAGACCUGAGCAAGACAAUGGGUUGGAUAAAGGUUUCGUCCAAUACUGUUCCUGUGGUUGAUGAUGUUUUUGAUUUAAACCUUGAUGAAGUUUUAUCGGGUGACUUAAAAGAUGAUUUGACCAUUCUCGGAGACACUGAUAUGCUCCAUGAUUCCGAGUUUUUGGAGGCACCCAUGGGCAUAAUUCCAGCUGAAAAGCAAUCAAAUGAGAUUGAAUUGAGUCCUACUGAAAAGCAAAACCUUCAAUUAAUUUACGAUAUUUUUUCGGAAAACUAUUGGAAACGCAUGGAAGAAGGAAGUGCCGUUUAUGAGACCGAGACGAAACAAUAUUUGGUGACAAUUGGAUCUAAGAGCAGUUCAGCAAAGCCGCAAAUGAUUGGCCAACCAACUGAUAAGCAGAUUUUUGCGUCGGACUUUUUGGUUACAGAAGGCAAUAUCCUUGCCGGAGAAAUCGCGUCUGUGUUUGGUUCAAGAGAAAAUGUUCCUCUGUUAUAUGAAAAGCAACAAAGACUUCAAAAGUUUGGCUUGGAAGAUAGCGGGAAGCGGUUGGAACGAGAGGGUCUUGCUACAGACUUAAAAGAUGUCUCUGGACAACUAACACGUGCCGGGAGGUAUCUUGCAGCUUCCUCACAAUAUCUCGGACCUCGAGAAACCACAUCUGAACCUUACCAUGUACACUUUGGUUUAGGCCUGGCUGCUGGGUUUGCCGGUGUUGCACGACCAUUUGAUGACAUGCGGCACGUCAUGAACCAGUGGCAAUUGACAACCACGCUGAUGCGGCCCGUGGGCGAACCAUGGCGCCGGCUGACAGGCCAGGAGCUGCAGCUGGUGCACGACACGCAGGUCAGUCCACGGGCGCACGCUCUGGACCAGCUGGAGGAAGUUUCUCAGCGGUACUGGGCAUUACGGUGGCUGGAGCAGGAAGUAUCGCGCUUUGGAGGAUACUUUGUGUUUCGGUGUGUUGUGGUUGCACCUCAAAGCGCGCCCAGAUCAUACGAACCCCGGCCAACGUUUGCUCGGGUUUAUUGUGUGGAACUUGGGUUUGAAGUGGAUCUGAUGCUUGUGCCUACAGAGCCACAACCUCGACAACGCAGAAGGGGGCUUUUGGGGUACUUGACUGGAGUCACUGAGGAAAAGCAAAACAAGGAGAUGCCCUUUGAGGCGACGACUGACGAAGAAAAAAUAGCAUUGGGGUAUGAAAAAAUGAUGGGUAAGGGGGCCACAGAACCCGAAGCUGGGACCCAGCUCAAGUCUGGAGAUAGAAUCAUUAGCACAGACAUUUUGGAGCUUGAUCCGGUACGAGGACAUCUAGUACUUGGAAUAUAG